GUCUUGUGGACUCGUACUGACCAAGCAAGAAGAGAAGAGCAAGGACUUUUGUUCUGGAGGACAAGGAGAGGAGCGUAUGGUUCUCGACUGAGGAUGGAGAACACAUGAAGAGGAGACGACGAGAGCCCAGGGGGAGAGAUGCUGCUGAGUAAACUUUGCAGAUGUUUCUAGAGAACAUUUUCAACCUUUGGACGUUUGGGGAAGGCUUGCAGGAGAAGCUGACGGAAAAGGCUGGACACGGGACACAGGGCCCUGCCAGCAGCAUGGCACCGGACUUUCUGCCCUCCUUCCAUCUUUUCUUCCUCUUUUUCCUCUCUUUCCUAAUCACACAGCCCGCCCUGACUCAGGAUGCGUCGGUCACCCCGGUAACGGCAACAGAAGACAGCCCCUUCAUUGUCCCUUCCACACUGGUCAACCAGACUACUGCCAGCUAUGUGGAGACAACCCAGAACCCCCUUCAGGAAGACACAGGCCUGUCCACUCCCUCGAGCGGCGGGGAUGGGGACGACGAGGAUGGCCCACCUGUCGGCGGGACCCGUUGCCAGGGUUACUACGACGUGAUGGGCCAGUGGGACCCGCCCUUCAACUGCAACGCCGGUGUCUUUCUGUACUGCUGCGGUACCUGCUUCUAUCGCUUCUGCUGCCAGUUCCGCCAGCAGCGGCUGGACCAGAGGAUCUGCUCCAACUACGACACGCCCAUCUGGGCCAACACCGGCAAGCCCGUGGCUGCCAUCACCGAGGGCCAGGAGGACCAGGAGCGGGACCGCACGCACCUCAUUGUCUACAUCAUCUGCGGCGUGGUGGCCAUCAUGGUCCUGGUGGGCAUUUUCACCAAGCUGGGCCUGGAGAAAAGUCGUGGAGGGGCAGUGGCCACCCGGGCGACGCAUACUGACCUCAACUCCAGGAUACUGACUGACCUUCUGAAGCAACAGGGAGGAGAGGUGAGCGCAUUGGAAAAUGCUGAGACCACUUCGCCCAAUGGAGGGAGAGCUAACGGCGUCUCAGCCAGGAUGCAUCGCAGCAGGAGCGAACAGUACCAUCUAAACAACUCAGCUCACGGCCAAUUUGGUCCAGGCCUUCCUCACUCACACAGCAACCACAGCACAGUGGGACUCAACAAGUACACUUCCCUCAAAGCCGUGGCGGACAGUGCAUCUCAUCCCUACUACAAGAGCUUCCCACUCAUGGACUUUGCCCACUAUCAGGCGCCUCAAGCAUUCCACCCGGUGCCAGUACAGCCCAAAGAGAAGUCCUACAUCCACCAGCACCUUCCAUCGCAAACCAACCUCCACGCGCCUCUUUCCAUCUCGAUACCCCCCAGCCAUCUGGAGCACCCCCACCUCCCGAAGACCACCACACACCCACUGCUCUCGAGCUCGACCUUCAAAACCUGGGAGCCGACAGGUCGCCACGUCCAGAGGCAGAUCUCUGCCCCGGGGUCUGCAUCAAUGCACACCUCCCAUUGGAGACAUGGCUACUCCACCCGUAGGCAGCAGAGCAUUGAGAACAUGCCGGAUGUUUUUAACCAACCCUACGGAAUGGUGUAUGCUGGGGGUAUGGCAGGCCAUGGCGCACAUUUCCAUGUGCAACACCCACCUCAAGCGCCGUACUAUCACCAAACCAGGCAAAAGAGCUACUCCACCCACAGUGCGACCGAAGUGACUGUCUGAGCACCACAGCUGUACUGAUGCACAGUUACACACACUUUGGAGUCAACACCGGAAGCCUAAGAGUAAUGCUAAACUCGGCAAAAAAGGUGAAAAGGGUGCAGUUAAAACAUUUUGGAGGAACACAGAGGUUAUGGAAACAACUAAAAAGUUGUUAGUAUCCAGUAAAUUUUAUAGGAGUGUAUCUGGGAGAAACACUAAAAUACGGUGAACUUUCAUUGACGUGCAGACAGUGUGGGGGCCAAGCUAAAAAAAUAUAUGUGUCUGUAUUACACCUGUGUUUUUUUUUGCAAAUCUGAAACAAAGUACACCUUUCCAUAAGUCCAUCCUUCUGGAAAUAGGCCAGUGUCCUUUAUCGCCUAUAGUUUAAUACAAUAUAGAGUUUCUAGACUGAGUGGCCUCACUUGUUGUACACAAAAAGUACUGUUUCAUUUCAAUGUCUACCUCCAUGCAUUCCCCUAUUGUACCAUUUCCUAUCUCUCCAGAGCCUCCAUCCCAUCUCCACUAUGUACUAUUUUGCUUUUGGUGCCAUCAGGCCCAGCAUACAGGAACAGCGCCCCCGAGGUGACAUUAACUCAACAGAGAGGACAAUGCCACCAUCAUGUCAGCUCCCAUCAGCCUCCAUCUCAACCAUGGAGAGGAGGAAAGGGAGCUCGUUAAAAGCCAGAGGCUCGGUCUCUUUAGAAAAGAGGAGAAAGAGAGGGCAGAGAAGAGAAAAUGCAUGUUUUUUUUUUCCUAAGGGGAAAGGAAAGGCAAGGGAGUCACUGUGAAUCUGAGUUUCUCACUACCGAAUUGUCUGGGUCAUAACUCGCGAGUGUGUGGACCUGUGAGGACACUCCUGUGUUAUUUCUCCGCCUCCAGGCACUAUUGCCGGAAAAUGUGUGGAGGCAUUUGCAUGCCUCGAGCUUUAAACAUUACUCAUUUAUUCUCUGAAGCCUGGAUAGCAAAAGACACCGCACACUGCAUGCUGCUGCAGACGAGCAACAGUUUGUUUUAUUUGGAAAGUCAACCUCAGGAACUGGGGGUAGGAGAAACAAAUUAAUAUAAAGGAUUUGAACAAUUUUUCGAUUUUUAGACUUAUACUUAGACAAACAUUAUUGAUCUACAAGAGAAUAUUUGGGGUGUACGAGGUUUUCCCCAAAGAACAAAUUAUAAAAAGAACCACCGACUGAGCAACAAAACACUUUUUUGCAGCUAAACAACCUUCAGUGUUUCUUUUUAUUAUGUGUACUUGUAACUGGGUCAUGUGAACACAACCUGCUUUCAUGUUUAAAUUUGUAACUCUUGUUCAACACAUGUUCAGUUGCAAUUGUUUAAAUUUGCUGUAUUUUUGUUAGACUAUUAGUUUCUGUAUGCAAGAGCUGUUUAUCAAUCACAACUUUGUUGUCAGCACGUAUUUUGUCCACCUAUUAGUUAUUAAUAACGUUUUUUAGUCUUUUACUUUCAAUAGCAUUUGCAGGAUUUCUGUAAUGUUUUGUAAAUAUGUGUAACACAAUGUGAGGCUAUGUAGAUUUUGUACUCAUUUUGUUGAGAAAAGGGCUUUAUGAAGGAGAUAUUUAUAUGUAGGAAAUUAUUAUAGCCGAUGUCAGAUUCAAACAGAAUUUAUUAUUGCAUAGAAUAACAUUAAAUAUGACACAUAGAGUGUUCUAUAAUAAAUGUGCGCUAUUCUAAUGUGCAAGUGAGGCGCUUAAAGUAAGCCUUCAGUACCGUUUGUCACAUUGUUCCAGUGGGCUUUCUGUUUUAUGGCAAAAGUAGUGGCAGAAUUAAUACGGUCGAAGAAUAAAAAAGACCGGAUUGGACAUGGUGUCCAAACAAUUGAUUAUGUUUUUAUUGUGUGACUCUACAGUAGUGACUGGUAAAUGAAGCAUGUAUUAUGGAAAUUGGAAUAGGAAAAGUCACAAUGCACUUCUAUAGGUUAUCAUACUAACUGUACGGCAUGUAAGACAAUUACCACCGGUAAGUAUGAUACCUUAGUGCAAUAUGUUGGAGGCUGGAGCAAAAAAAAAGUGAACUGUACAAUAUUUACCAAAAACCCAGAAAUGUUACAGGACUGUUUUUCUUCACAGAAACGUUUAAAAGAGAAGUAUUAAA